CGCAGGUGUUUACCUCCGUAUCACUUCCGUAGCUCCCUGACAGCGUAGUAACGCAACUUUCUGACAUCAAAUCCAAAUAUCUACACUCAAUUUGACAUCAUUUUUGCUGUUUUUAAGUCGAGUAGUGGAGAUGCCUAACAUGUCGAUAUGACCCCAGCUCUUUGCUGCUCAUUAUAGUCGCUGUUUCUCGGGUUUAGUUCAUUCAUCGCAGGCGGAGCUAACGCUGGCCGUCAGGUUAGUUAGCACCGCGUCACUGGGAAUAACUCCAUCAAUCAGCACUCGAUUCGCACUUUUCCUGCGUUAAAUUUUAGAUCUCAAGUUGGGUAGUCAUGGCCACUAGGCGUCUGACAGACGCCUUCUUGUUAAUGCGGAACAAUGCUAUCCAAAACCGGCAGAUAUUGGCUGAGCAAGUGAGUACAUACGAGCCCCGUCUGAGCACACGUAGCAAUGCUGCGUUGGCUGAUGAUCGAAUGGCACUGGUGUCUGGGAUCAGUCUGGAUCCCGAAGCUGCCAUUGGCGUUACCAAGAAACUGCCCCCCAAAUGGGUAGAGGGGAUUGACGAGAUCCAAUAUGAAAUCACUCGGAUUCGGCAGAAGAUGAAGGAUCUGGCCUUGCUUCAUGACAAGCACAUGAACCGUCCCACACUGGAUGACAGUAGUGAAGAAGAGCAUGCUAUAGAAAUCACGACGCAGGAGAUUACACAGAUGUUUCAUCGGUGCCAGCGAGCUGUGACGGGUUUGAAUUCUCGCUGUGGUCACUGCACUGAGCAGGAAGAGAGACUUCUGAGAAAUGUGGUGUCGUCUCUGGCGCAGAGCCUGCAGGACCUCUCCACCAACUUUAGAUACACACAGUCCAGCUACUUAAAACGUAUGAAGAAUCGCGAGGAGAGAUCAAAGCACUUUUUUGAUUCAGGGCCUUUAAUGGAAGAGGAUGAGGACUUAGCUAUAUAUGACAGGGGGUUCACAGAUGAUCAGUUGAUGUUGGUGGAGCAGAACACAGUUAUGGUUGAAGAACGAGAGAGGGAGAUCCGGCAGAUUGUGCAGUCCAUCUCAGAUCUGAAUGAAAUUUUCAGAGACUUGGCUGGAAUGGUGGUUGAGCAGGGCACUGUUCUCGAUAGGAUUGACUUCAAUGUGGAGCAGGCUUGUGUUAAAACAGAAGAUGGAUUGAAACAGUUACAAAAGGCGGAACAAUAUCAAAAGAAAAACAGGAAGAUGUUGGUCAUUGUGAUCCUUGUCGUCAUAGUCAUUGUUCUAAUUAUAAUUCUUUUUGGAACAAAGUUUAAGUGAUCCAUUCCUCCGCCUCUCGUCUGUCUGGCUGUUUGUUCUGCAUCUGAGUGGACUUGGACUUCUUUUGUUUUUCUUCCAAAAAAACUAACAUAUUUGCCUUUAAUACCAUCAAGGAAACAUCCAAAAUAAUUCCACAACCUUGCGGGUGCACUUUUGGACUGUAUGGAGAUGUUUGUCUGUUUUUGUUUUUUUUUUCUUGUCGUUUGCUCUUUAUUGAAAGAAGCAGUGAACAGUCUGGUUGAGUUGAGUUUAUUCCCUCAGUUGAUGGCCAAGACUGUCACAAGAGUCUGCUGCUCUGUGUCUUGACAAAAAAAGAAACACUUUGUUGUGCGUGAAAAUGGACCAUCAAUGUUAAACUAUUGAAGCUGAGAAUUUUCUGCUUAAACUCAAAACAUCGAUUGUGAUGUCAUGAAAUUGCUUUUUUUUUCCUGUCUAAUAUCAUUGAAACAUUGUGUUUAUGGGUUUUACGUCCAUCUUCAGUAUUUACCCAUGUAAGAUGUAAAGAAGCUGUUUUGAAUUAAGGCUGCACCAAGUCUGAUAACAAUAGCCAUCUAGUAUCACCAAUAUUGUUUUGUUUCUGUUUAAGGACCACCUGUUUUAUUUUAAAAGCUCUACUUUAGUAUUGGUAUUGUGCUCCUUGUUCGUCUACUGUUGGCUUGAGGCAUGACUUUUCGCCACCUCAUCCUAUAAUUUUAAAUUCUGUUUCACAAUCACUACACUUUUCAGGAAGUGCUAAUUUUGAAAAGAAAACAACAAAAAAAAAACAACUUGUUUUGUUUUAUGCUGUCCUUGCAUAAAGUGCUACUUUUUUUUUUAACUCUUGCAGUUUGCACAUAUUGACGCCAGAGGGGGAGGUGGGCUGCAUUAUGGAUGUAAAACUACUGUUAUCUGAAUGACAAAAAUAAUUAUUUAUUUUCUAAUGACUUCAAAUGAUCCAGAAGUGUUGGGUUUCUGGCAGAUGUACUGUAUAUUGAGUAGUGUAUAUGUGUAAAAUGCACCCAAACAGUUAUUGUCCACUCCACUGAACUGAGAACUGUGAUGUAGUUCAACACAAGGAGACCUUUGAACACAGCCUUAUGAUAUGAAUUAUCUUCAUUUCAGAUUGGACACAUUACAUUUAGUUUGAAUGUGUUGGAAGGUCUUUACAUGUUCUUGUGUUAUUUUUAAGACUGAUGAGCUGAAAUGAUGAAGAGCUUUACCGUUUCUACUCAACCCUGCACUUCAGACCGCUGUUUAUUCACCUUUGUCAUUGAUGUGAAGUUUUGUGUGAAAAACAUUGGUCAUGUCCUAGUGGUACUACAUAUUUGUUUUUCAAAACAAAACAAAUAAGGAGUGAGAAACUUUUUAUAUAUAUAUAUACAUAUAUAUUAAAAAAAAAAUUAA